AUGGUCACGAGAGGAGCGCCUAAAAUCGACUCGGUUGACUUUAACAAUGAAGAUUACAACGUACGCUCACCGGAGCGCACUCAACUCCUGAUCAAAAUUGAGGAGGCGAUCCGCGACGCUGACGUCUCCCCAGCUUUCUGGGCUUGCUGUCAGCUCGCCGAUAUGGAAUGCUUGCAAGACAUGGCCAAAACGCGUGUACACAUGAUUCUUGGGUAUGAUAACUCGGUGGCGCUCCUACCGUUGCAAUGGAGUCAGCGACUCAAAGCGGAGGGUCCGGGUGCAAAGAAUCGUAAACUGAAUUCUGGUGGACAAUCAUGGGUGCAGCGGUCGGAACAACAGGCGGAUAAGCAUACUCAAUUCACUCCCAAGAAGGGAGACCAAACCCAAGCCUCGAGAAUGAUCCCCGAUUUUUGGCAGUUAUUAUGUCUCUUCUGGGACGAGGAUCGGGUCAACAAAUGGAAGGAGACAAUCUUUCUGGGUUCUCAGAAUCCUAAUACUGAUCUCAUCUCCCUCGAUGCCGGCGUUCAUAUGAAGUGGACUAAAGGAUUGUUUGCGCUGAAGCCGCUGCGACUUUCAAGCGACCGUAGACAGCUCACAGUUCAAUUCUUCUGGCAAGUUCCUGGCGAUUACAACAUCGACAGCCGGGUUGAUUUGCCUACGGAACCCACAUCAUCAAAAGGCCUGGAUAUAGUUGGGAACAAUUGUUUGUUUUGCGUGCAGGAUCAUGGCUCAAACCGAAGAUUUAAUUCUGGAGACGUGUUCACUUUCACCACCAAAGACCCCGAGAAACUACCGUUACCGAGCGUGGAACUCCUAGACAUGCAAUGGGUUCUCCAACGUCUCGUGGGAAUGUCAAGCGCUGCGGGAUGGCCAAUGUUGGACUGGGAUGACAAUGAAGGUGUCGACGAUGAUGGUUGGCUUAUUGCGGACCAUACCUCCGAUGUGGAGGAUGCCUUGAAAAGAACCAACGACUGGGUUGCUACCGAGAAGCCUACGGAGAUCACACCGGGAAUUUCAACGGCGACACCCCUGUUCUUCUGUGAUCCCCUAUCACUGAAUGGACCCGAAUUCAUAUGA